GCUCCACAUCGUCGUCACUUCAUCUUAGAGAUUCGCCGCAGUGGUUGGACGCUCCACGCACAUGGGGAAUCGAGCUUCACCGGGAUUGCAGAUGCAUCCGCACGUCUCCGCGUGGAGAACUCCACACAGAAAGAAUGUUCACCCUGAUGCUGUGUUCCGGGUAGGAAAGCACCGUGGGGAGGGAUGGAGUCUCCAAGAAGUUCAACAAUUUGGAUGGAGCAAUGUGGAGCCCCGUAAAAGUCGGUGCGCGACCUUCGGACUCACAACAAGUACUUUGUCUUCACCAUCUUUGCCUCUCUUUGUAUCUGUUUACAUCCUCUGUUACUCCCCUAUCUUCGUUGCUGGACGGACGUUGUCAAGAUGGGUAUCCUCGCUAAGGUCGAAGACCGGCCCACGCCGAAGAGCGUUUACAAUUGGCGCGUGUAUGUGUCGGCGAUGAUAGCGUCCUUUGCAUCUUGCAUGAUUGGAUACACGACCUCCUUCAUCGGCACAACAGUAUCGCUGGAGUCCUUCCAGGAUGAGUUCGGUCUCUCGACGAUGGGCGCCUCGCAGAGGAGCUUGAUCCAGGCGAAUGUCGUAUCGUUGUUCCAGGCUGGAGCUUUUUUCGGAUCCAUCUUCUCGUACAGCACGGCCUAUUACUUCGGUCGACGGAUCACGCUUUGGACUUUCGUCACCAUGUUCAUCAUCGGUGUUUGCGUCACGUUUGCUGCGAUCGGUGGACAUCUAGGUCCCAUGUAUGCUGGAAGGUUCAUCUCUGGGUUCGGUGUUGGUGGCUGUACUAUGAUCGUUCCCAUCUUCAUCUCAGAGAUCGCGCCUCCUGCUAUCCGUGGUCGCCUUGUCGGUACCUACGAACUUGGCUGGCAGAUUGGUGGUCUAGUUGGUUUCUGGAUCAACUUCGGCAUGACACAAAGCGUCGCCUAUGGACGGAACCAAUGGCUCAUUCCGUUCGCUGUCCAACUCAUUCCGGCUGGCAUGGUCCUCAUCGGCAGCCUUUUGUUUCUUAGGGAGACGCCUCGUUGGCUAUGGACCAAGGGCCGACGCGAGAAGGGCAUUGCCAACUUGUGCUGGUAUAGGCAAUUGGAUCCUGAGGACGCUUACAUCAUCGAGGAGAUCGAGAUGAUGGACCUUCAAAUCAAUGACCUGCCUACCGGUUUCAUUAAGCCCAUUCGUCUUGCCUUGUCGAGCAGCCCCGUUCUAUGGCGCUUGUUCCUGGGUCACAUGCUCUUUCUCCUCCAGAAUUUCUCGGGUAUCAAUGCUAUCAAUUACUACUCUCCCACCAUCUUCCGCACCAUGGGCGUCACCAACACCGAGACAGUCGACUUGAUGACCGGCCUCUUCGGCGUCGUGAAGUGCAUCAUGACCAUCCUCUGGCUCACAGUCCUGAUCGACAAGCUCGGCCGUCGCACUCUCUUCCUCGCUGGCGGUGCCUUCGGAGCAGCCUGCAUGAUCAUCAUUGGGGCUCUUAUUGUCACCGAGCCGGCCGCGGCAGAAGGUGCUGGACUGUCUGGACAGGGUAUUGCGACCAUCUUUAUGAUCUAUCUCUGGACAUGCAUCUAUAUCACCUCCUGGAAUGGCACGCCCUGGGUCGUCAACGCGGAGAUGUUCAACCAAGCCACUCGCAACGUUGGUCAGGUCGGCGCAUCGAUGGCCAAUUGGCUAUGGACCUUCGUCAUAGCGCGCAUCACACCCAACAUGGUUGCAGGUAUGGGUAAGAACGGGUUUGGAAUGUACUUCUUCUUUGGGUCGGUGAGCGCUUGCGCUGUGGUGUUUGUUUGGUUCUUGGUGCCUGAGACCAAGAGUGUGCCACUUGACCAGAUGGACAGGCUGUUUGAGAUCAAACCUGUCAGGAAUGCGCAGCCGAAGCUUAUGGAUGAGUUGGCGCAGAACAAUGCAGACUUUGCGAAGUUAGACAGGAAGGAUGAGGAGGUUCCUGAGCAGGUUGAGAGGCGCUGA